AUGAGGAUAUCCUUUCCAUGUUAAUUUUUUGUUUAAAUCAUAUAUAUUUUUUGUCUUUAUCCUACAGUGAAGUGAUGUUUGUGAAGAUGUGAUAAACCAAUGAUAUUUAUAUAGAUAGAAGUACAAACCAAUAACGCUGAGGAUUUUCUUGUCGUAUGGUUAUUUACAUAUAUAAUAAAUUGUAAAUAACGAAGUUCGAAGACGCUCUCUAUACGAGAAUUAAACGGUAAAUAUAAAUGUUAUUGAGAUAUAUUGACAUUUACAUUAUAAAUUUUUGUUGCAUUGUGAUUAUUUGCGACGAAAUAUAAGUCAGGGGUUGGACAAAUAAAAGCGGGAAUGUUUGAAUCAAACUUCGAAUGAGUUAGUGAGAAAUUUUUUAUUUCAAGAUUGGUAGUUCUGAUUGGUGUUGUUACAUGUCAAUCUUUGUCAUCAAUAUGUAAUUUUUGGAAGGAAUAAGAGAAAGUUUAUUUACUGAUACUUUUAUUCAAUAUUGAUAGAAUUUUUCAUUAAAUAUUUAACGAAUAUAUUCUUUUGCGUAAAUGUAACACCAGCGCCUCUCUCGGCUAUACGCUGUAUUAUAGUUAACAAUGUAAGCAUGGAAUAUUUCGCAUAGCAUGAGAUAAUUGCCUGAUUAAUUUUACUCGAACGAGUUUUUAUGAAUUACGUUUUAUUUAACAUUUUUAAAUUACUGGCAAUAUAACCAGUGAUCGUUAUUUAAAGAAAAUGGCCGAAAGUAAUAACAAAAUGUCAAAGGAUGUUUCUUCUGUAUCAGAAGAUACCGAUGAAAAGACAACAGAUAUUAGUCGUUAUUUUAAUAAUGCACCACGCACGAUUUUUGACGAUAUUGUGGCACCGAAUGAACAAAACUAUUUUAAUACGGUAUCGGAUUCUGAGGACAAUGUUUCAAGGUUUAAUUCACUUUUAAAUUGUACAACGAAUGAUUUGUUUUCUGUGGAUACUUUAUUAGAUAAUGAUCGAAUGUCAGAUACUUUAUUAGAUAAUGAUCAUAUGAUACAAAGUAAUUUGCAUAGAGAUGCUUGGAUACCAUCAGAACGUACUCGUAAAAUUUUGCGAUCUAUUGCUACCUCCACAGUAGGAACUACUUUUCUCGAGAGAGACAAUUUAACAAUGCCGGGAUUGGCAUUGCAAGGAGAUAUGCCUGAUUUAAUAAAAACUGCCGUGUCCCAUUUUCUUGGCGAAGAUGAAGAGAUGCAAAGAAAUGUACUUACCGCUUCAGAUGUCACUCAAGAUGAACGUGGACUGAGAAAAUUAAUACAGACUGGUUGUUAUAGAGCUGCUAUUAAUUUAUCUGGAAGACUUAUUUCCAUCUAUGCGCAAGGUUAUGGAAAAAUAAAUCAGUCAAGUAAACAUACUCCACAUUCUUUAUAUUUAUGGUAUACGAGACUUUCCUUAUUAGCAAAAUUAAAACAGAACGAAUUAUUAGAAAAAGAAUCUAAGCCAUUUGGUGAUUUGGACAAGCCAGACAUGUAUUUUACAUUUUAUCCAGAAUUAUAUGGUACUAAACCAGGUUCCAUGGCUUCAUUUGCCUUUAGAUUACUUUUAGCAGAAGUCCCAUACUAUUAUGGCAAGCCAAAGGAAGCAUUAGAUAAACUACACAAAGUUUUGAGCGUAGUCAAUGAAAUUUUGUCAAAUUUACAAGCUGGCCUUAUGAGGGAAGCUAAUGAUACCAAAGUUACUAAUACAGAACAGAAGAAAGAUGCUAUUAAACUGUGGUCACGCAGAAAAUCCAGAGUAUUAAUAUCUAUCAUUAACUGUGCAGUUGGAAUGAAAAAUUAUAUUUUGGCAGUAGAUAUAUUAGAAGAACUAAGCAAAUCUCAUGAUUGGACAACAGAGCAAUUACAAAUAUUUCGAUCUAGCAUAGGGAGAAUAUAUUUGUUUCUUGGGGAUGUCUCUACAGCAGAGACAUUAUUAAAUAAUAGAAUUAUUCAGACAACUACAACUACUGUUAGAGAAUUGGUAGAUAGAGGCUUAAUAGCAGUUGCAAAAAAUUCAUUUCAAGAAGCAUUUAAUUAUUUUCAAACUGCAUCUACUAUGGAUCCUUCUAAUGUUAUGCUAUUAAAUAAUAUGGCUGUGUGUCUUCUCUAUACUGGUCAGCUCAAAGCUGCUGUACAUUUGUAUGAAAAUGCAGUGGCCAGAAAUCCUAUGAAAAGCUUACAAGAACCAAUUUUGUUGAAUAUGUGUACUUCCUAUGAGUUACAUACAAAUCAUUGUAAACAGACCAAAUUACAUUUACUUCGACAGCUAAAUAAGUAUAAAGGAGACGCUAUUGAUAUCCAGUGUUUAAAACUUGGUAUGUAGUUAACACGAAAGAAGUUUCUUAUGAAAAUUUAAUUAGCAUAAAAUGCAACCAACGAGAUAUUUAAUAUAAAACAGUAUGUAUAUAUAUACACUGUAUAUUUUAGAAUAACUCUAUCUCCUGGACAAAUUGUCUUGGAAAAAUAAACAUUGUUUCGCAAGAUCAUAGUGUGGUCGUGAAUAUAAUACAUUAAGUUUAAUUUCAGAUAGACAUUAAAAAUGUCUUAUCAAUUGUACAGAAACGUAUAUAAGAAUAAAAUUUAAGGUCGUUUGAAUCUCA